AUGAGCUGGAGGUGCUCUUUAGAGAGCUGGAUGAAGCUAAUUCCAUACAGCCACCAAUGCCACCUACGGAAUCUGCCCAGUCUGCUAUAAUGCCGAGAGUGGUUUUAGAGGAGGUACCAAUUCUGACACCUGAUAAGCUGGAGGUGCUCUUUAAAGGGCUGGAUGAAGUUAAUUCCAUACAGCCACCAAUGCCACCUACGGAAUCUGCCCAGUCUGCUAUAAUGCCGGGAGUGGUUUUAGAGGAGGUACCAAUUCUCGCACCUGAUGAGCUGGAGGUGCUCUUUAGAGAGCUGGAUGAAGCUAAUUCCAUACAGCCACCAAUGCCACCUACGGAAUUUGCCUAUUCCGCUAUAAUGCCGGGAGUGGUUUUAGAGGAGGUACCAAUUCUCACACCUGAUGAGCUGGAGGUGCUCUUUAGAGAGCUGGAUGAAACUAAUUCCAUAUAGCCACCAAUGCCACCUACGGAAUCUGCCCAGUCUGCUAUAAUGCCGGGAGUGGUAAGUCAUUAUUUCA